GCGUGGUCUCGGCGGCGGAGCGCUGGCGGCUCAGGAGUAUAAUGUCCCAGGAAAGCAGCUAUGGGAGGUGGACAAUAUCCAGUAGUGAUGACAGUGAGGAUGAAAAGCCCAGGCCUGACAAGCCGUCAACAUCCUCUCUCCCCCAGGCUGGGCAGGGAGCAGCGAAGGAGCCGGUGUACACCUGCUCAGAGGCCCGCAAGGCUGCGCACAAGAGGCAGCUCUCACCUGUGAAGUUCGGCACCACAGACUCAUUGUUACCCCCCAAAAGGCAGAAAAGUGAUUCCACAGAAGCUCUUGGCUGGUGUCUGUCCAGCAGUGAUGAUGAACAGCAGCCAGAGACAAAGCAGGAACAGCCUAAGUACAUGGUGGCUCAAGAGAAAAAACAUGUCUCCUCACCCAGUGUGACUAGUGCUCAGAAAGUUGUAGAUCUCAGCCCUCCUGCCAGCCAAAGGCCCCAAAAGGCAGAUGAUGAGGACUACGAGACCUCAGGGGAAGGCCAGGACAUCUGGGACAUGCUGGAUAAAGGGAACCCCUUCCAAUUUUACCUCACUAGAGUCUCAGGGAUUAAGGCAAAGUACAACUCCAAAGCCCUCCACAUCAGGGAUAUUUUAUCCCCUCUGUUUGGGACACUUGUCUCUUCAGCUCAGUUUAACUACUGCUUUGACGUGGACUGGCUCAUAAAGCAGUAUCCCCCAGAAUUCAGGAAUAAACCAAUCCUGCUUGUGCACGGCGAUAAGAGAGAGGACAAGGCACACUUGCAAACCCAGGCAAAGCCCUAUGCAAACAUUUCCCUCUGCCAGGCAAAGCUGGAAAUUGCAUUUGGAACACAUCACACGAAAAUGAUGCUCUUGCUCUAUGAAGAAGGCCUCCGAGUCGUCAUCCACACCUCCAACCUCAUCCGGGAAGACUGGCACCAGAAAACCCAAGGAAUAUGGUUGAGCCCUUUAUACCCACGACUUAACCAGGGAAAGCACACAUCUGGAGAGUCAAGCACCCAUUUUAAAGCUGACCUUAUCAGUUACUUGAUGGCAUACAACGCUCCCUCUCUCCAGGAGUGGAUAGACACCAUCCAAGAGCAUGAUCUCUCUGAAACCAAUGUUUACCUUGUUGGUUCAACCCCUGGACGCUUUCAAGGAAGUCACAAAGACAACUGGGGACAUUUUAGGCUCAGGAAGCUUCUGCGGGCACAUGCCCCAUCUGUACCUGAAGACGAGUGCUGGCCCAUCGUGGGUCAGUUUUCAAGCAUUGGUUCCCUGGGGCCUGAUGAGUCGAAGUGGCUGUGCUCAGAGUUUAAAGAGAGCUUGCUGGCACUGAGAGAGGGUGGCAGAACGCCAGCAAAAAGUGCAGUUCCUCUUCAUCUGAUCUAUCCUUCUGUGGAAAAUGUUCGGACCAGCUUAGAAGGAUAUCCUGCUGGGGGUUCUUUACCCUAUAGCAUCCAGACAGCUGAAAGGCAGAAGUGGCUACAUUCCUACUUUCACAAGUGGUCAGCAGAGACAUCUGGCCGAAGCAACGCCAUGCCACAUAUUAAGACAUACAUGAGGCCCUCAUCAGACUUCAGUAAACUGGCUUGGUUUCUUGUUACAAGUGCGAAUCUGUCCAAGGCUGCCUGGGGGGCGUUGGAGAAGAAUGGCACCCAGCUGAUGAUACGCUCCUACGAGCUUGGAGUCCUUUUCCUCCCGUCUGCAUUCGGCCUGGACUCCUUCCGAGUGAAGCAGAAAUUCUUCUCCAGCAGCUGCGGGCCAACAGCCUCCUUUCCUGUGCCCUAUGACCUUCCCCCAGAGCUCUACGGGAAUAAAGAUCGGCCGUGGAUUUGGAACAUUCCUUAUGUCAAAGCACCUGAUACACAUGGGAACAUGUGGGUGCCUUCCUGAGACAAAAAGCUGUGAAGUUUGAGUGUCAGACACUGAAUGCUCCUGUUUGUAGUGAAUGUUCACCUCCCUUGAAAUCUUCCUAUUUGCCCCGUACCAAACUCUUUGCAGAAGUCAGCUUUGGUUUUGUAUCUGGUGGUCACCGUCAACAUUCUCACUAAGAAGUGUUACUUCCUCAACUCACUUUUAUAAGUUCU